AUGGCCGAUAGAAAUGCUAGGAUUGAUGCUCAACUGAGGAACUUAGUCCGAGUGACUACGAAUUUAGCUAGAAGAGGUCCUUCAAGAAGAAAUAAUAGGAAAGUAGCUAUAGCUGCAUAUUACCUUAAGGAGGAAGCUGACUUUUGGUGGUCGCAGCAUAAGGAGACGUUAAUGGCAAGGCCUGACUUUGAUUGGAAGGCUUUCGGAGUAGCUAUGAAGGAGAAAUUUUAUCCCAAUUUCUUGAGGAGGCAAAAGGCCACUGAGUUUGAUGAGUUGAAGCAAGGUGACAUGACUGUGGAGCAGUACUAUGAGAAGUUUGUAGGAUUGAUGAAUGGCCAAAGGAAUGGAGGCCAGUUUCAACCACAAAAGGGUGGAAAUGGUUCUAAUAAGGGAAAGAAAGGAGACGAACGCGUGUAUUUCUGCAAGAGGUGCCCUUACAAUCAUCCUGGAAAGGAUUGUGAAGGAAAGCUGGUGGAGUGUAACUACUGCCACAAAUUGGGUCACCGAGAGUAUGAGUGCUUCUCCAAGAACCCUGAGUUGAAGACCGACAAGGGCAAGAGCGGAAACCAGUUUGGUCAGGGUAAUCGAAACCAGUCAGGAGGCAACAACUAUCAAGGUGGGAACAGGCAAAAUGGGAACAACAAGACCGUUUUGAGUGGAGCUGGCCUAGUGUGCCUGCAAUUGCAAGGAGCCGAACGUUCAUUUGUUUCAAAGUUAGUUGUUUCAAAAUAUGGCUUAGGAAACCCUAGGAAUGUUGAAAUUCCUAUUAUGUUACCAUCUGGGGAAGUAGUAACUUGCUCAAGAGUAUAUGAAAACGUCCUUGUGAGAAUUGGGGAGGUAGACUUUGAAACCAACCUCAUAGAAUUUCCAUUGGAAGACUUGGAGAUUAUUUUAGGGAUGGAUUGGCUUAAGGAGUAUAAAGCCGAGAUUCUUUGUGGAGAACAAAAAGUGAGAUUGAGGAAUAAGAAUGGGAAAAAGAGGUUGGAAGAAGAGAAGCUUAAGAUAGAGCAUGUGAAAGUGGUGAAUGAGUUUCCAGACGUAUUUCCGGAAGAUAUACCGGGAAUGCCACCUCAGAGGGAGUUAGAAUUCACCAUAGACUUAGUUCCUGGAACUGCCCCUAUAUCAAAAGCACCCUAUAGAAUGGCUCCAGCAGAGAUGAAGGAGCUCAAUAAGCAACUAGAGGAAUUACUCGAGAAAGGGUACAUUAGACCUAGUUAUUCCCCAUGGGGAGCGCCUGUUUUAUUUGUAAAGAAGAAGGAUGGAAGCUUGAGGCUAUGUAUCGAUUAUAGAGAUCUCAAUAAGGUGACUAUUAAGAAUAAGUAUCCGUUACCGAGGAUUGACGACCUAUUCGAUCAAUUAAGAGGAGCUGGAAUAUUUUCAAAGAUAGACUUGAGGUCAGGGUAUCACCAAUGCAGAUUGGGAGAAGGACAUACCAAAGACUGCCUUUAG